UAUUAUUUUUUCACCACUUCCUCCUGCAUUUCUUUAUACACUUUUAAAUUAUUUUCUUAUAUACUUUUUUAGAUCUAACCAGCAAGAGCAUACAGAUAUUCAUGGUCAUCUUGUUUUAUCUUAUUUGUCAGCAAGAUGGAAAAGAAGAAAAGAUAUCUGAAUCGGGUGAAGUCGAGUGUCUCGUGAAUGUCUGUUCCUUGACCACGGAUGGUUGCCAUUUCUUCGAUGAAAGAAAAAUAUGUCGACGUAAAUGCCGUAGCUUCACGCCGGAUAAGGUUUGAAGGUAUCGACAAUGCUUUCUCUUCGAACAUCGAGCUACGGAUAGCUUCCCUAAAAGGAUAUGGCACGUUCUUGCAGAAUGUGUUUACUUCCGAUAGUUUCCGUACAAUAGCAAACGUGUCCGUUCUAAUUAGCUGCCAACACGGUUUUCCCGGCCUUCUAUCGAAAUCAGAUCAAGCAAAUGGAACAAAACAGACGAAGAGAAGUAGAAGCUGCAAUGGCGGUGGUCUGGUACUCUAUACGCAUCCGACCAAUCAGCUGUAUGUGAUCGGAAUUUCCAUCGAAUUCUUCCCAAAGAUGCACCAGAUCUGCUGGAGAAACAGCAGACUCGGGUUGGAUCGUUUCCAAAACCUUUAAUACACUGACACUGGUACAUACAUCCAUGCGUCCCGUGUUUCUUCGUACGUUCCAAAACUACGUGCAAUUCUUUCCAUGUAAUCGAUCUGCUGACGAUUUAAUACCUAAGUA